AGCAAGCUCUAAAGAUAUUAUACCUUAGUCCUAAAUUACUUUUUUUGAGUGUUUGAAUUUAUCGUCUAGUAAAUUGAAUUUAUUCUCAUGGUCAUGUAAUCAUCAUUAAAACUUAUAAUUGAAACGAUCACAUUAUAACUUGAAAAUACACUGUCAUGAUUAUAAUUAUUUGUUCUGAAAUUCUGUUUUCACCAUAGAUUUAAUUCUUGAUAUAUCUACUUUAGUCCUAAAUAAGGACCAUCUCGAUUGGAUUCCCAUAAAAAAAAAUGGCUGCAAAUAUAGGAUUUAAUGUUGGAUCGUAUGGUUCACAUUUACAUCCAACUGUAGUGGCUGCACCAAAUUUCAAUCCAGAAGAUGAUUGUGAACGAUUAAGAAAAGCUAUGGCAGGUUUAGGAACAAAUGAAAAAGAAUUAAUUGAAGUGAUAGGUCAUCGGUCUUCAGAACAACGUGCAAUUCUUGUACAGAAAUAUAGGUCAAUGUAUGGAAAAGAUUUAAUUUCAUGUUUGAAGUCUGAACUUAGUGGACAUUUUUACGAUACCAUGGAAGCGUUAUGCUUAACUCCAGCAGAAUUUGAUGCUCAAGAACUACGCAGAGCUAUGAAAGGAGCUGGUACCGAUGAAUCGAUACUGAUUGAAAUUCUAUGUACUAGAACAAAUCAUCAAUUAAAGCAGAUUAAAGAAGCAUUCGGACGUUUAUUUCCUGGACGUAAUCUUGAAAAGGAUGUAAUCAGCGAGACAUCUGGAGAUUUUAAACAUUUAUGCGUUGCAUUGUUACAAGCAAGCAGAGAGGAAUCGACACAAGUCAAUCCACAAAUGGUACGUAAAGACGCUGAAGCUUUGUAUCAAGCGGGUGAAAAAAAAUGGGGAACUGAUGAAUCAAAAUUUAUUCACGUUCUCGCUACACGAUCUCAUGAACAUAUAAAAGCUUUAUGUCGAGAUUACAGUAAUGUGAGUAAGAAAACUCUAAUAGAUGCUUUAAAAUCUGAAAUGUCCGGGAAUUUACUACAGGCUUUUAUAACGAUUGUUGAGUGUGCAACUAAUGCACCAUUAUAUUUUGCUGAGAAAUUAAAAAAAUCCAUGAAAGGAGCUGGAACUAAUGACAGAGAUUUAAUUCGUGUUAUAGUCUCACGUUCUGAAAUUGAUUUGGGUUUGAUUAAAAAAGAAUUCAACGGUUUAACUGGUGAUACUUUAGAAUCUUGGAUUGAAGGUGAUACCAGUGGAGAUUAUCGUCGUCUAUUGUUGGCACUUGUUCAUGCGUAAAUGCAAAAAAUAAUGAAUAUGAAUCAAUAUGGAAAUUAUCGAUUAUUGUACUAUUCAUUCACUCAACGUGGCGAUGAUUAUUUUUAUUUAUUUGACUUUGUUUUGCUUUCAAUGUUUGUUUGUUUUUUCUAUAUAUUUUUAAUUUUUAUAUACUCUUUUGCCCAUUGUGCAUGUCUAGCCUUAGCUUAUGUUUUGUUGACGUAACUGUUUCUUUGUGUCACUCAUGUUACCAUUUUCCACUACUACACAAUAUUCCGCAUGGAAUGAAUUUUAUUUCCUUGGCUAUUUUGUUACAAGUUCAUAAAACAUACAUAACACGUUACCACACACACACAUACACCCACACCCACACAGAAAAUACGAAUAAGAAAUAAAUGCUUUGUCCAUUUAGUCUUUUCUUAUUUCGCUGACCUUCAUUUGUUAUUGUUGUUGUUGAUGUUUUUUUUGAAGAUUUGCAUUGCGGAAAAUUGAUCAAUAAAUCACUUCUAUUCAUAGUCAUAUAUGUAUAACUAUUUUUCACGAUGAACCAAUUUAAAAGAAGUUUUGUUAUUGACAUAUUGAAAAAUAUUUUCCAUUUGUAAACUGGCACAAUACGAUACUACUAAAUGAUAAUAAUAAAUAAUCAGUUGA